UUUUAUUUUUUGUUUUGUUUUUUCCCCCUUUAGGCAGCGCAAUGACAUACUACAUGAAUGGUCAGUGCUAGACCACCCGAGGAGCAUGAGAAUAGCUGAGUAGCUGCAGAGCUGCCUCGUUGCUUCUCAUUUAAAGGUUCACAGAUGGGUCAGGGACUCUGGAGAGUGGCAAGAAAUCAACAAUUUCAGCAUGGAUACAUUGAGUCCAGCUACCUCUCCACAGAUAACGGCCAAGGAAUAAUUGUUGAUGAGAACAACAUGAACAAUUGUAGGCACCUGCAAGGAGGAAUGGACAUCUACCACCUCCUGAAAGCAAGGAAAACCAAGGAUGAACAGGGUUUUAUAAACCUAGAGAGGCUUCCCCCAGAGCUGAGCCUUACCAUUCUGUCCUAUUUGAAUGCAACUGACCUCUGUCUGGCAUCCUGCGUUUGGCAAGAUCUUGCCAACGAUGAUUUGCUUUGGCAAGGAUUAUGCAAAUCAACUUGGGGUCAUUGUUCAAUAUACAACAGGCGCCACCCUUGCGGGUUUUCCUAUCGAAAUCUCUACAUGCGCCUGGAUGAAGGAAGCCUCACCUUCAAUGCUAACCCGCAUGAGGGAAUUGAAUAUUUUUUAUCCAGAGGGAUACUAAACGAUACACCAAAAGAGAUAGCAAAGUUUAUAUUUUAUACAAGAACUCUAAACUGGAAAAAGCUGAGGAUAUAUCUUGACGAAAGACGAGAUGUAUUGGACGAACUUGUGACUCUACACAAUUUCAGUAACCAGUUUUUACCGAAUGCACUGAGAGACUUUUUCCGGCACAUACACGCACCAGAAGAGCGAGGGGAAUACCUUGAAACUCUCAUCACAAAAUUUUCCCACAGAUUUUGUGCUUGUAAUCCUGGGCUUGCACGAGACCUUGGCCUUAGCCCUGAUGCAGUGUACGUUUUGUGCUAUUCUUUGAUUCUGCUUUCCAUCGACCUCGCAAGCCCUCAUGUGAAGAACAAAAUGUCAAAGCGAGAGUUUAUCAGAAAUACUCGCCGUGCUGCUCCGAACAUUAGUGAAGAAUUUGUAGGGCAUCUAUACGACAAUAUUUACCUUGUCGGCCACGUUGCUGUUUAGUACCUUCUAGAAAAAAUAGCAAACUACUACAACUCCAGCUUCCCAAAGCUUUGACAAAGUGGCAGAUAUGGGGGUUAUGUUAGUGCUGGUCAUUCUAACCUCUGUCUAUAGUCAAAUUAUGUGUUCUUUCCUCUCUUAGAAAUAUACAGUGAAAAAUGUUGAGGGUUUUUUUUUUUUUUUAAUUAAUUAAUUGUUUUCUUUAUGUCUUGCACAUAACCGUGCCAUUAGACUGACCUAGCCAUUUAUGACUGUUAAACUGACAUUACAAUGUAGACCUUCAGGGUUUUGGAUCUAAACACUAGAUUUUUGUUUUGCAAAGCAAUUACCAAUGCAUUUUUUAACAUCUUCUAAUUUGUAUAUACUAAACUAAAGAGAUUUAUAAUUAUAAUAUAAAAUAUUAAAUAUGUAAAGUAUUUUAAGUAAAGUAUCUGAGUUUGUUUUGCUUUG